AGAAGAUGAUCUGCAGGAUCCUGCUGCUCAUCAUCCUCACCUCAUGUGUCUCUGGAUCAUUUGUAGUCAAUGUGACACAGACCUGCUAUCAGGCAGAGGAGAACCACAACAUCACACUGGAGUGGACGUUCACCACCAAACCUGACAGAUCCUCCAAAACUCUCAACAUCCUCUGUGAACUCUUUAUCAGUGAUAACAUCUCAGUCCUGUAUCAUGUUCAUGAAGGUGUUGAGGUGUCAGAGUCUCAGGAUCCAAAGUUUUCAGGACGAGUCCAGAGUGACAAAGACGCCCUCAGAGAAGGACGAAUCAGACUUCAACUGUCCAGACUCAGGACUGAUGACUCGGGUCUGUACCUGUGUGAGGUCAACACUGAUUAUGGCUUCAGUGUUGGAAGAUGUCGACUCAACGUCACUGAUGAUGAGUCAGAGGGUGUGAUCCAGGUUAAUGAUAUAAUCAGGAACGGGCUUAGUGGUUUGCUGACAGUUGCCAAGAGCAGUUACUGA